AUGGCUCCUCAUAAAAUUGCUUACUUUUCAACCUUGAUUUAUGUCGCCGUGUUAGCUAUCAUGCUCAUCAAUGCCGAGCUGGCAAGCGCUUUCAGAUUCGAAAAACGUGUACAACGAGGAGGAGAGGCCAUGUGUAGUAAAUAUUGUCCAAAUAUUCCUGCUUAUAUCUCUGGUCCAUGUUGCUGUCUUCCUUCAUGUGCAGCCAGUUCUAUUGCGAACCCCAACCCCGAUAUU